UUAGUCGUCAGAGGGAGGCAAGGCUGUGACUCAUGCUUGCGUGAAGAGACCAAUGGGCAGCCGGAGCCCUGAGAUAUAAAUAACGAAUAAUAAAAAAAUAUAUAUUCUUGAGGGAGAAAGGGUCACAUGCGCACCGCUGGAUGGGAUUUUAUUAGUGCGCUCUGUUCCGCCAUCACUGGACUGCUCCUUGUCGCGCCUUUGGGUGGCAAUUGUGACAUCUAGUUAUAGUUUGUCUGGACUCGACAACCUGUGAGCCGUUGAAUUAUUUCCCAGCUGGAGAUCAGAUAACGGAGGACUGAUGGCCACGUCUGAACCCAGAGCCACCGGCGGGGAACAGGACCCCAACUCCGCCAAUUUAAGACCUCCGUCCUCAACCUACGAAUAUGCGUGGAUGCACGGAUGCACACGGAAACUGGGGAUGAAGAUUUGUGGGUUCCUGCAGAAGAACAACAGCCUGGACGAGAAGGGGAGGCUCGCGGGGCAGAAGAACUUGCUCUCGUGCGACAACAGCGACAGGGACGCGCGCUUCCGCCAAACCGAGACCGACUUCUCCAACCUAUUCGCCAGAGACCUGCUGCCGGCCAAAAAUGGAGAGGAGCCCACCAUACAGUUUCUGCUGGAGAUCGUCGACAUCCUCACCAACUACGUAAAGAAGACCUUCGACCGCUCCACCAAGGUGCUGGACUUCCACCACCCCCACCAGCUGCUGGAGGGCAUGGAGGGCUUCAACCUGGAGCUGUCCGACCAGCCCGAGUCCCUGGAGCAGAUCCUGGUGGACUGCAGGGACACGCUCAAAUAUGGCGUCCGGACAGGUCACCCACGAUUCUUCAACCAGCUGUCUUCUGGUCUGGACAUCAUCGGUCUGGCCGGCGAGUGGCUCACUUCCACCGCCAACACCAACAUGUUCACCUACGAGAUCGCUCCAGUGUUUGUGCUGAUGGAGCAGCUGACUCUGAAGAAAAUGAGAGAGAUGAUCGGUUGGCCCAACGGAGAGGGAGACGGACUCUUUUCACCAGGGGGCGCCAUCUCCAACAUGUACAGUGUGAUGAUCGCACGUUACAAGUAUUUCCCCGAGGUCAAGACCAAGGGCAUGUCUGCCGCUCCACGCCUGGUCCUCUUCACAUCUGAACAUAGCCACUACUCCAUAAAGAAGGCCGGAGCCGCUCUGGGCUUCGGUACUGAGAAUGUGAUCCUGCUGAGCACAGACGAGAGGGGGAGAGUCAUUCCUGCAGAUCUGGAGGCCAAGAUCAUCGACGCUAAACAGAAGGGUUACGUGCCGUUGUUUGUGAAUGCCACAGGUGGUUCGACGGUGUACGGCGCAUUCGACCCCAUCAAUGAGAUCGCCGACAUCUGUGAGAAGUACAAUUUGUGGCUCCAUGUUGAUGGAGCGUGGGGCGGCGGACUCCUGAUGUCCAGGAAACAUCGUCAUAAGCUGAACGGAAUCGAGAGAGCCAACUCUGUCACAUGGAACCCGCACAAGAUGAUGGGCGUGCCUCUGCAGUGCUCUGCCAUCCUGGUCCGAGAGAAGGGGAUCCUGGCCGGCUGUAACUCCAUGUGUGCCGGUUACCUUUUCCAACCAGACAAACAGUACGACGUCACCUACGACACGGGAGACAAAGCCAUCCAGUGCGGCCGACACGUCGACAUCUUUAAGUUCUGGCUCAUGUGGAAGGCCAAGGGCACCAUAGGGUUUGAGCAGCACAUUGACAAGUGUUUGGAGCUGUCGCAGUACUUGUACAACAAGAUCAAGAACAGAGAGGGAUAUCAGAUGGUGUUUGAUGGAGAGCCGCAGCACACCAACGUUUGCUUCUGGUACAUCCCGCCCAGCCUGAGAGGCAUGCCUGACGGUGAGGAGCGGCGAGAAAAACUCCACAGGGUGGCGCCAAAGAUCAAGGCCAUGAUGAUGGAGUCGGGGACCACCAUGGUGGGCUACCAGCCGCAGGGCAAACACGUCAACUUCUUCCGUAUGGUCGUCUCCAACCUGGCGGCCACCCAGUCGGACAUCGACUUCCUCAUCGAUGAGAUCGAGCGGCUCGGUCAAGACCUGUAGACCGCUCAGCCGGCGCCGCUCUGGUGGCCUAAAAGCGAAUCUGCAGUCUUCUGUCUGUUUUAUUUGUGAGGCUAAAAAAGGAGAAACAAUCACGAUGCUGAAGUCGGAAUAAUGACGUGUUUUAGGUUCCAGUCUCUCCGUCUGAAGCAUCCUGACGGUUUCUCCAACUGAAGAGAAGCGAAGGAGACUUUGUCCCACAUAGUCCGUCCUUUAGACAAAAAAUAGAUGCACCUGAAGCCUCCAGGUACAAAGUGUGUGUGUGUGAUCUUGUAACAUCUGUAAUCCCGUCCAAUGUAGUUUGUCUUUUAACGUCUGUGUGCCUGAGUGUGUGUGUGUGUGUGUGUGUGUGUGUGUGUGUGUGUGUGGUCAAACACUGAAAGGGAGAAAAGCACAGAUGAAAACAUAACAAACUAUCAUGAAAUUAUUCUGCUGUAUCAUACAUUUGCUACAAAAAGUUGAAUCAUUGGUGCUUUCAGCUGUGUACAUAUAGUUAAUCUCAGUGCACCGACCUAUUUGCCCCCCAAAGCAAUGUGUGUGAGUGUGUGAGUGUGUGUGUCUGUUUGUGUGCAGGAGUGUGUGCAAGUGUGUAUCCAGUCAUGUACUUUAAACUGUGUUCAAAAUAAGCUUAAUACGACCUAACAUGCACACCACAGCUGAGAGGUUUUAGAGAAACUCCAGCACCUGAUCUACAGUCUGCAACAUUUCCCCUCGGUAGAACUUCAGCAGCCGUCCCAAGUCUUUUAAAAAAAAAAAAACGCUGGCUCGUUGUCUGUUUUCAUGCAAUCACGUGAUAUGUGUUUUUAAAAUAUUUGAUUAUAUAAAAUAUAUGAGAAGUAAUAUUUAUUGCAUUUCCACUGUUUGCAGAUUCAGGUAUUUUAUUGUAAAUGUAUUCUUUAUGUGUAUUACAUGGUAAUACAUUUGUAAAUGUAAUCACAGGAACUUGGGUAAAGUUUAUUUAUAGUGAUUUUUGUCAGCCAAAGAAAGCGAAAUCGGGAACAGAGCAAUCCAUCGUCCUUCAUAUAGAACUUCUUAUAGAUUAUAGGUGUUUGUAAAAUGUUAUCUAUUGACCCUUCGACUGCGAUGCAAUUUCUAUCGUGUGUUUAUUUUCCGUGAUUGUGAGUCUUUUUGACCGAAUGUUUUGAUGACUGGCUGGCCUUCUGAUGAGAUUAAGAAUGAAGUCUGUAUAAUCCUCUGGCUGUCGUGCCGGUCUUUUAUUUUAGAGAAUAGCACAAGGAUGUGAGAAUGUACUCUCCUGUAGAGACUGGGAAGAAAGUAUUGUUGUAUCUGUCUAAAUCCUAAUGCAUUUACUGUAAUAUAGUAUAUAUUAAUUGUAAUACAUAUUACCUAUUCUCAGUGUUAUGGGAACUCGGUGGAAUAUCUUGUACAAAGAGUUCCCGUUUGUGUCUUUGCACAAUGUUCACCUUUCUUUCUUCCAUUGUAAAU